AUUCCUGCUCCGUGACACCGCUGGCCUGCUGCCUUACAUGGGCAAACCUCUCAACUCACUGAGACGGCUGGAAUUUCAGAGCGUGACGUCACCGCCUACAACUCUCCCAGAAUUUGGAUCAAGAAGUUUCACUUUUUUUGGUUGGGAUUUGAACCUCUCGUUUUAUUUCCCCAAAAAGCGAGAUUUCAACACGCGCCGAAGGGCAUCGCUUCAACAACCUUGCAGGAAUCCCGUCCAUCUAGAGAGGAGACAAGGAAACAUCAAGCUGACACAUCUGUCAGCUCCUGUAAAAGUACAACAAGGGCACAACUGAAGAAGGAAAAAUAAAAGAAAUCUGAACCAUGUGGAACCCGGUGAACAACAACGACCAGACGGGACAAGUGGCCGCCAGGAUGGAGACCACUUUGGGUAGUGCGAGCAUCUCCGUCUCCCAGCAGCAGGCGCCUAAGAAGUGUGCGCCGCCCAUGGUCGCCCCCAAGCCCAAGUUCAACCCUUAUAAACACGCGGGAGAGCCCGCCUUCUCCGACGCUGCAGUGGACUACCCACCCCCUCCGCCACCUGCCGAAGAGUCAACCGGUUUCUCACCACCCCCUGGUUCUUUCCCGUCUCCUCCACCGAUGAACUCCUGUGAUUUUCAGAUGAGAGGACCGGAGAAGACUCUGCAGGAGAGGCGCUCCAGUCUGGAUGCCGAGAUCGACUCCCUCACGAGCAUCCUGGCCGACCUGGAGAGCAGCUCGCCCUACAAGCCACGCAUCGCACAAAACUCCGGAUCCUCGGCAGCCUCCAGCCCCAGCGCUCCAGUGACCGGUUACAAGCGUAUGGUCAUCCCAACCCAGCCACCUCUGACCGCCACGAAGAAGUCUACGCCUAAACCUCAGGCACCUGGGGGGGUCUCGUCCAUCCCCCCUUCUCCUGCCAGCACUAUGGCCAAGGCUCAAAGCCACACCGGUCCUCAGCCUGUACCGGCCUCCUACGCCACAGCCUCAACCCCGAGCCAGCCUACCUUCAACGUCCAGGUGAGAUCGGCCCAGCCCGGCCCUCAGCAUCAAGUCCCAAUUGGCCACCACUUUGGCCAGCAGCCCAUUCGCAGCCCUGCACAGGUGCAGUACAUGCCUGCCCAGCCCAAAGGUCCCGACUUUGCCUAUGGACCACCACAGCCUGGCUUUUCUCAGAUGGCUCCGGUCGGAUACCAAGAACAGAACCAUCCAGGAGUACCCCAAGUAGGCGGCUUAAGUCUUAGGAGACCUGAGCCGGCCCCUGUCCAGGCAUACCAACCGUCAGGCCCCAGAAAGACCUACAUCACCGAUGUACCACCAGGCCUGGUUCCCUACCAUGCUGGACCAGCUGUUCCGCCAAAGGGCGGCGCUCACAUGGCCCACCCGGAGGACGAGCUGGAGCGCCUGACCAAGAAGAUGCUGUUUGACAUGGACAACCCACCGUCCGAGGAAUAUUUUGGGCGCUGUGCCAGCUGCGGAGAGAACGUGGUGGGUGAAGGAACCGGCUGCACCGCCAUGGACCAGGUCUUCCAUGUCGACUGCUUCGUCUGCAUGACCUGCAGCACCAAGCUGCGCGGCAAGCCUUUCUACGCUGUGGAGAAGAAGGCGUUCUGUGAGCCUUGCUAUAUUAACACCCUGGAGACCUGCACCAUCUGCAGUAAGCCCAUCAUGGAGCGCAUCCUGCGGGCCACGGGGAAAGCCUACCACCCCCACUGCUUCACCUGCGUGGUGUGCCACCGCAGCCUGGACGGCAUCCCCUUCACCGUGGACGCUUCCAACCACAUCCACUGCAUCGAGGACUUUCACAAGAAGUUCGCUCCGCGCUGCUGUGUGUGCUCUGAGCCCAUAAUGCCGGCACCGGGCCAGGAGGAGACCGUCCGCAUCGUGGCCCUGGACCGCGACUUCCACGUGCAGUGUUACCGCUGCGAGGACUGCGGCUCUCUGCUCUCAGAGGGGGACAACCAGGGCUGCUACCCUCUGGACGGACACGUCCUCUGCAAAAACUGUAACACCAGCCGCAUCCAAGACCUCACCGCCAAGGCCACCACUGACCUCUGAGCGACCCGCCGCCCGGGCACCUCCACUGUGAUAACCCUCGCUCUCUCCUGUCUUUCUCUCGCGCGCGCGAGCAAAUGUACAGAUUGACAGACGCUUGCAUUCCUCAGCAUAUAUAUAUAGAUAUAUAUAUUCACGUUCAGCAGCAGAAACAUCACUUUCACCUGCAUACAUGUAUGUACUCGGUACAAUCAGCAGAAGAGGCGUGUCUUUUGGUUUUUCUGUGCUGUGAAAGGAACAUUUUGGGAAAUACGCUGACAGCCUUUCUGACUGAGAGUUAGAUGAUACCACUGUCAUUUCAUGCAGCACUCGUUAACCUCGUUUAAAAAAGUGCUAUAUAAGUAAAUUAUUAUUAUUAUGUCCGUACGCUAAAUAUGAAGCUGAAGUCAACAGGCGGAUAGCUUAGCUUAGCAUGAAAAACAACCAGUCUGGCUCUGUCCAUAAUAAUGAUUUUAAAUAGGCGGCUUCUGGCCAAGAUAUAGUUAAAAUAAACUGCAACUUGUCACUUUUAAACUUUUGUUUUUAUACAAAUAAAUAAAAAGAUGAAGUGUUGGUAGACAAAGCCAGGCUAGCGGUUUCUUCAUGCUAAGCUAAAAUGAUGAUGCUAAACUAUAUAUAUAUAUAUAUUAAUCCUCUCAUCUAACUCCCUCUGUAAAAGCAAAUAAGCGUUUUUCAAAACAAAUUGCUUAAAAUCCCUCAGAAACCACCAGUUAACACUUCCAGUAUACAUCAUCACUCAGUGUUAUUAUCUCAUAUCAUAAUCAGCCAGGUUUGUGCGCAUGCCGGCCCAAUUUUAUUUUUGGGGUCUAAAAUAGAGUCUGACUCCAGCAAAAUACAUGCUUAAAUGUUCAGCCCACCCGUCUGCUGGGGGGGG